AAAAGUUCUUAGGAAAUCGUGCGAGACCACCUCUCCUGCCGAGUUUUGGAAGGCCGAUUUUAUACGAACAGAAUCUGGACAAAAUGGCAGCCUCCAGUGUGAAAUGCCUAGUCCAAGGGCUUAUCAAAAGUCACCGAAUCAUGCUUUUCUCCAAGAGCUACUGUCCAUUCUGCCUGAUGGCAAAGUCUGUCCUACAAGAGGCUGGUGCUACUAAGGUAAAGGUCUUGGAGAUUGAAGAAAGGACAGAUGAACAAGAUAUCCAGGAUGUUCUGAAAGACUUGACAGGUGUUAGGACUGUUCCUAGUGUGUUCCUGGACCAGGACUACCUCGGGGGAGGAACAGACCUACAAAGGAUGAUGGAAGAAGGGCAAUUACAGAAGCUUCUCAGGGAAAAGGGUCUACUGAACGGUAAUGGUAGCUCUGCAGACAGAUAACACAGAUAAGCAGAAAAUGUCAACAAGAUAUUUAAACAAAAGUUUAGUUUCAAAUGACUUUUUCCUUUCUUCAUUUCACACACCCAACACAGUCUCUGCCAUUAUCUCAGUUCCACCAAUUUUAUUACAGGGUUCUUCUUAAAGCAAGGUAGAAGCGUUGACUUUCUCAGGCUUUGUUGUAUUCUAUUAUUUAUACAUCACCAAUUUAAGCCCUUGACUACUGAAUUUUGUAAUCACAUAGGCUUUAUACAGGGACCAGCUUGUCCCUGUAUUGGCACAUAUAUUAAAUUUUGAAUGAGAGCGGCCUUAAAACCAACCAACUACAUCCAUUAGACAUUGGGUGAAAAUAUUCCGAUUCCGAUGUUUAAUCAUUAAUGAAUUAUUUGUUGACAAAGACCACAUAUUUUGUCUUAAAUGUGAUGUGAUGGAUGAUUUACCAAAGAAAACACUUGAUUCAGUGAUGCAACAAGACCUUUAUAGAUGUUGUCAUUAUAAUGUGAUUUCACUAUUGAGGGUACAUUUAAAGCUUCAUCAUACCGGUAACUCACUGACUGACCCACUGAGUCGGGAGAGGGGCAAAUUAUAAUUAGGGAGAGAUAUGAACCUCUAACCUUGCUGUUUGAGAUCAAGAAGCAAAUGAAUGAAUCAUGAGACCAUGAUUAUUCUAAAA